CGGCGCCAUUACUCUCGACGUAUCCGUACGAACGUGACUGUGUCUGCUUUUCAUUUGUUUUUCCUUCAUCGAUCGCGUCAGAACAUCAUUACUGCGCAGUGUAAGGUUUCAAUCCAAAGAGUUACUGGGCGGCUGAACAAGGACAUUGAGUUCGCUACGACAUGGGGGCGAGGUCCCGGAAGUUGCUGCUUCUACUGGCGGCGUGCGCGCUGGCCGCCAGCGAGCCUUUAAACAAAACGGCCAUAAAGUCCGACAUGGCCACCGACACUAUUUUCCAAUACGAGGACUAUGACUCCGCCGAAGAUCAAGAGGUGUUGUUCAGCGAAGACAGGCCCUGCCCCAGAGAUUGCAUAUGCACUGUAUCCCAAGGAUAUAGGAUAGCCAAGUGCAACCGUCUCGAAGUCGGUACGCAGAAAUUCGGCGACGACAUCACCGAUCUUGUGAUUGAAAAUGCCGAUCCCACGUUCCCCAUAAAUCUUGACGAUUUUAUUUUCAAGAAGCUCGGUCUCCACCAAAUUGCGACCAUUAAGAUUGUCAACAGCACCAUCGGGUUCGUGGGCCCCAACGCGUUCCAUGGCCUGCACGAGCUGUACGCGGUCAACUUGUCCAAUAACAAACUAAAAACUUUACACCCGGAAACCUUCGCCAACAACAAAAAGUUAUUACUGUUAACGCUUUCGAACAACCAAUUAAAAUUCCCCGAAGCGGGAUCACACGACUAUUUCCUUAACGCAUCAUCUGUUCAAGAACUUGAUGUUUCUUACUGCAACAUGAAAUAUAUUACCGAUAGUACAUUCAAAAACAUGCCGGGCCUCAUGUACCUAAAUGUAGCCGGUAACAACCUCACCGACAUGGACGCGAACACUUUUAAGAAGCUGCUCGACUUAGAGGAGCUAGAUUUGAGUGACAAUAACAUUAAAUCUCUACCGGAGGACAUAUUUUCUGAAAAUACAGAGCUGGCAACGCUCCAUAUUCAAAGGAAUCCAAUCGACUCAGUCUACGGUCUUCAGAUUUCAGACCUACUCACUCUGAACGCCGGUCAGACCAAUAUUAAAUUUAUUGGGCCUUCCAUGUUCAACGGCAUGACUUAUAUAGCGAAUCUCAAUUUAAGCGGAAAUAGCAUUGAGAAAAUUCAUAACCAAGCAUUCCACAAGCUCGUUGAAUUAAAUUACUUGGACCUCUCUUACAACGAUUUGGACUUCAUUUCCGGAUAUCUUAUCAAAGAAAACAUUGAGCUUGACAUAUUUAAAAUUUCAAACAAUCCCAGACUAAAGCAUUUGCCUGCGGAAGGUUUUAAUUGUUCCGCGGAACAGUUUAACAUUUAUCUGUUUGAUGCAUCCAACUGUGGACUUGAAGAAAUUGAAAAUGACUCGUUAAAGACAUUUACGGCUUUAUCGCAAAUUAAUCUCUCCGGAAAUAAAAUCAAAUCGAUUAGCACCGAGGUAUUUUCUCGAUGCCCAAGACUAGUCGACAUUAACCUUGCUUACAAUAAAUUAACCACGUUAGAGGUUAAAGUUUUUGAGAAAAACAAGGAUCUAGGAAAGCUUAAUCUUCAAGGUAAUCCAUUGAAAGUUCUAUCAGCCGAAAUCUUUGUUUUCACACCAAUUUUGACUACGCUCGAUAUGAGCCAUGCUGAGUUGACCUCUCUCUGGAAGAUGGAAAAGAACCUUCCGACAACCCUUCUCAAUAACUUGAGCUUCUUGAACGUUUCGCAUAAUCGCAUCACCGAGAUCAAACAAACCGAACUAAACAGCUUAAACAAACUACGUACGCUAGACAUCGGCAAUAAUCCUCUAGCUUGCAGUCGUGACUUUGAGAACCUAAUGACUUGGCUCAGUAACCGCAAAGUGUCACCAAACGCUAACUCUGCCAAUAUCGCUAACUUAGCUAAAGACGCAAAGGACGAGGACGGUACAUAUAGUUGGGAGUUCCUCACGAAGAAAACUUGUGGCACUGCAAUAUCUCAUCCGGUCGAACCCUUGCCGCCUGUAUCCGACGAAGAAAUAUGGGAGAGGAUCGACAAAGACGCCGAAGGAAACUUCGAUUUGAAAGACACCCUCGACGACGGGAAGCUUGCCGACGACACCGCCGUAAAUGAAGAUAACGCCAAAGAGAACGCGGACGACGACAGCAACGACGCGGACGACGAGGCCGAUGACGAAGAAGAGGAUGAGGACGAUGAGGAGGACGAUUCCGGCGAGGACUACGAGGACGGCGACGUCGACCUCAAGGUGAAGCUCAUCGAGAAGCCCGCAGCGACGCCCAGUACGUAUAAACCGGUGUCCACUGAACAGACACAGACCGAGAAAAUUAAGAUCGAUAUCAAACUGCUCGAAAACGAUAACGUGUACGACGACCUCGAACCUGAUGUAGAGGUGCUGCCGUACGGCACGGAGGAGCACGGACGCUACGGCUACUUGUGGCCCAUCCUGAUAGCUGUGCUGGGCGCGCUGCUGCUACUAGUCGUCGUCGCCAAGGUGGUCAUGAUGAUGUGCAGCAAGAAGAGCAAGCAGAUCCGAUACAACAGUGCCAUAAUCGCGGCGAUGAGCCACCCCGGCCGCACCAAGAAGGACUGCGGGCUGGUGUACCAGCAGUUGACGGAGGACCUGACGGGCCCGCGGACGCCCAAGCUGAGCCGCUAUGCGCCGCUGCACAACGUCACCGUCAACGCCGCCAACAUGUCGUACGAGAGCAGUCCCUUCCACCACAGCAACAUCGUGCCCGAAGCGGUCUGAGCCUCGGUACAAACUAAUAUUACAGUAAAUACAAUAAAAUUAACCACUGCGUUAACUUUAAAAUAA